AAAGAUGGUUGAUUACAUUUGAAUUUUUGUUUAUUUGUUUCCUAAAUUUAGACUCCUAUUCCACCUUAACAUCUCUUAAAUUGAUUUCUUCAGAGAUCACAAUGGCUUCUAAUACAAGUGUAUGUGGGAUAUGUGCACUUCGACACAUUACGACAACAUCCACAAACUGGUGUCAACAGUGUGAAGAAGCUCUCUGUGAUGAGUGCAAAGAGCAUCAUAAAUUACUGAAAGCCACCCGAAGACACGAACCUAUAUCAAUUUCCAGUUACAAAUCUCUUCCGUCGUUCAUAACUGACAUAAAACAAUCAUGUGUCUAUCACAAUGAACAAUAUCAAAUGCAUUGCAAUGAACAUGCGUUACCUCUCUGUCUCAAAUGCAUCAAUGAUCAUAGUAAUUGCAACGUCACUUCUCUUGAAAAGGUAACCAGCAACGUCAAAACAUCGGGACAAUUCCUGGAUUUAGAAUCAAAGCUGAACGAUUUAUUACAAAACAUUGAAAAAGUAAAGAAAAAUCGAGAGGCUAAUGUGACUGAUAUUGACAAAAUGAAAGUACAACAUGUUAAAGAAAUUAAGCAGAUAAAAGUUGAAAUAAACAAUCAUUUAGAUAACCUUGAGAAACAAAUUCUUGAAGAGCUUAGAGAGAAGGAGUACCAAUGUAAAGAGAGUAUUCAGAAAGUUUUGCUGCCGGUCAAGGAAAGAGGAUCUAUAAUAACUCAAUGUCAAUUGAAUUUCAAAAGAAUUAAAGAUUAUACAUCCGAUCUUCAAACAUAUAUUGGAAUGAGAGACCUCGAGGUCAAGGUUGAUGAAAAUAAACAAUAUUUGCAGUCGUUGAUAGAAGCAAAAGGUUUAGAGCAUCUUGACUUAGUGUAUAAGGUUGACCCAAUUCAUCCAACUAUUUUAAACAAUCUAAAGAGUUUAGGUUCAAUUGAAAUACAAAAUCGCAAUAGUGAUAUUGUGUUGACAAGGGUGAACGAUAAGCAAGCACAAAUACAAGUUGCAGUAGCGAGGGAGCCCGUUAUCGACGUGAAGUUAAUUCUGCAAAAGAAAAUAACAACUGAUGGAAUGGCAGUAAGGGGUUGCUAUUUGUCAAGAGAAGGAGGCUUUUUGUUCACUGAUCAUGCCUUUCAUUCUCUGUACGUAAUAAAAUCAGAUGGAACCCUGGAAUAUAAGAUGUCGGUUAAUUAUAGUAAUGGGUUUGAUAUAACAUUUGUUGAUGAUAACAAUGUUGCUGUUACAUCUGGAGAUUCACCAAUGCAAGCUGGUAUUGACAUUAUAAACAUUGAGAACCGAAGUAAACUAAAGUUCAUCAACCUUCCUGGUCCGUCAUAUGGAAUCACACGUGAUCACGACUCGUUGUUUGUCUGUGUUGAAGGAUGUGGAAUGUAUAAAAUAAACACUAUGGAUUAUACUUUCUCUCGCGUUAUCAGUUGCAACUUACCACACAGUUCCUACGUAUCUGUAUUCAACGACAAGAUAUACUACACUGACUGGAGAGAUGACAGUGUAGUUUGUUGUGACCGUAACGGACUUUUAAAAAUGAUUCAGUUUGGAAAAAACCGAGAGGAAUCACUGCAGAUAAUGAGGGAAAUGUGUUUGUUGUUGGAGAAAGGUCGUCGAAUGAUGUCAUUAUAUCCAAAGAUGGAAAACAGCACAAGGAAAUCCUGA